GCAUCCAGCUCCCUGAUAGACAGCGUGUUCACAACGCGCCCCGUGGUUAAUAGCUUCCUCCUCCACCGCUCACGUCAAGCUGACGUUUCGCAAGAAAACAGAUCGGAUAUUACACACGUUUUUCUCUACAAAAGGUCUAUGGGAUGAGGUAGUAAUUCUGCGGCCUAUUUUCAGGCAGCACCAAACAUCACUUCGGAUAUGAUCAUACCCACGGAUGCAAAUAUGUCAACUGUUACAACACCAAUGACGGCUACUCCGACAACAAUUGAUUCGCUUCCACCUGAAGUAACGGCAGCUCUCAUCAUCUCUAUCAUCCUCAUCUUCUCAACACUCAUUAUGUUAAUAUAUGCAAAUAGGAGAUUUGAGUCUGAUCGAGCUAUCACAGUGUGUUGCUUUCUAUUAACGAUGAGUGCCCAGCACAUCACGCUCGUCAGCGGUCUCUAUUCAACCUCCAACCGAGCUGCUUGUGUCGCCGUCGCGUUAAUGAUUCACUUCUUCGAAUUAUCUGAAGCAUUUUGGACCUUAGGGAUGAUUGUUCAAAUCGUCUUAAAGGCAACGUAUAAAACACCUGAUAUUGGUAGUACGUCCCAAUAUUGUGCCCUUGGAUGGAUAACACCUCUUUUCGUAGUAGCCAGUACGGCGGGAUUGCAACUCGAAAAAUAUGGCAACCCCAGAUACUGUUUUCUUCCCGUGGAGGAAAACAUCAUAUUUGCCUUCCUCGUACCAGGUCUGAUUAUUAUCAUGACCAAUUACACCUGUUUGUGCUACAUUUUCUACGAAUACGUUACAACCAAGAAGAAAGACAAGAAGAAUCUCCCGCAAGUCUUAUCUGUGGUUCCUAAUGCGAGGGCAUGUGCGGUCAUUUCAACAUUUCUACUUCUGGACUGGAGCUUCUUCGUGUUAGCACUUCGGCUAAAUCUUACAGCAGUCAAUGCAUUAUGGGCUUUUAACAAAUUAGUAGAGGCAAGUACUUUCUAA